AUGAGACAGAGGAGCAACCGGCCGUCCAUGAUGAGGAUUGCCAUUGCUGGUGCCGGGGGCUUCGCCCAGAUCCUUGCCCAGCAGAUCAGCCAAACCGCACAUGCUCUGCUCGUCAUAUCUCGCACACCACACCCUGAGCUUGAAGAAUUUUGUCCUGGCUGCCAGGUUGCCGUUAUAGACUACGGGGACGCUGAGACUCUGCGGUAUACCCUCCGGGGAGUCGACCUUUUAAUAUCAACGAUCGCGGGCAACGAGCAGCUCAACCUCAUCGAUGCAGCGCGGAAAGCUCGAGUCAGAGUUUUCGUCCCGUCCGAGUUUGAGGGUGAUCUCUCCCACCGGCCAGCCAACGAUCCCCUUGACCGUGGUUCGCACUCGGCUCUUGACCUCCUGGAGCGUUGGUCGCAGUCCAAGUCACACCCCAUGCGCUACACCGUCUUUUCGUGCGGCAUCUUCAUGGAACGGUUUGGUCCGGGGGGCUUGCAAACCUACAACAUCGGGGCUGGCUGCGGAGUACAGGGCCCGAACGACUAUCUUGUCAACAUCGAGGACGCCAGAGCCGAAAUCGUCCCAGCGAACUCCAGCGGGCGGCCCGCCCACGUCUCUCUGACAUCUGUAUACGACGUUGCGCAAUUUGUCACGGCCGCCAUCGAGAUGGGUCUCGACAAUUGGCCCAAGGAGUUUAGGAUGAGGGGUGAUGCCAUGACAGUCCAAGAGCUGGUGAGGACGUGCUCGAACGUUCGCGGGGUUCCGUUCAGUGUGGUUAGUCACCCCUACCAGGACGCUGAAGCGCUAGCAGAGGCGAGCCAGCAGUCUGGGGAUUGGGCACAGUGGUACUACUACCAGAGGCUGCUACAAACGGCCAAUGGGCGCUAUCACGUACGCCAAGUCAACCUCAACGAUGCCGUCAACCAGAGUGAGAUUUAUCAGGUACAGCCCAUGAGGUUCAGUACAUGGCUGGAAAGAAUCUGGGGGCCGGCGAUGUGA